AUGCCUCCCAAGAGAACCAAACGCGAGUCUUCAUCGCCUCCAGCCAAAAAGGCAAAGACGUCCAAAACAAACGGUUCCAGCUCAUCAGAUGCUUUGCGCCAACCACAUCACAAGGCUGGAGAAGCCGAAGAGAAUGGAAUCGCGAUCCGGAAAUUUUACCCUCCUGAAAUGAGCAAUGCAAGAGCUCGCGCCUACAACGACAAUGAGCUUCCGCGGCCAAUCGAGGUGCUCAUCAGUGCCCUCGAAGAUACAGCGCAGGAGCGCAAGAGCACCAACGUAAAGCAGGCCGUCGUACAUUGGUUCAAGAUGGACUUGCGGCUAUCCGACAACAGAGCCUUGGCUCUGGCCAGUGAUAAGGCGAAAGAAGCAGGAGUUCCUUUGAUUGCGAUGUAUAUCAUCAGCCCCCAAGACUAUGAGGCUCACUUGAGAUCGCCAGUACGUAUCGAUUUCAUGCUGCGAACUCUGGAAGUCAUGAAACACGAUCUUGCAAAGCUCGAUAUCCCUUUGUACGUGGAGACAGUUGAAAAGAGGAAGCGUGUUCCCGACCGGAUCUUGGAGCUCAUGGAUGAAUGGGGCGCCAGCCAUUUGUACGCUAAUAUGGAAUACGAAGUUGACGAAUUGAGGCGCGAGGCCUCCAUGAUCAGGGAUUUUGCAGAGAAUGGCAAGGCAUUCGAAGUUGUCCAUGAUACCUGCGUCGUCCCUCCAGGAGAACUCCACACUGGCGCUGGGAAGCAGUAUGCAGUGUACACUCCAUGGUAUCGGUCAUGGGUUGCUCACAUUCAUGAGAAUCUUGAUCUUCUAGAGUUGUACGAACCACCUGGGAAGAACCCUAGCAGUGCGCGAAAAGAUUUUGCGAAGUUCUUCGAUAUUGAAGUUCCGGACGCCCCCAAAAGUAAACGGCUUGAGGGCGAAGAAAAGGAGCGGCUGCGCUCACUUUGGCCAUGUGGGGAGCACGAGGCGAAGAAGCGUCUGGAUAAAUUCUGUGAAGAGAUGAUCGGCAACUACCAGAAGAAGAGAAAUAUCCCAGCUGAGGCUGGCACUUCUUCUUUAUCAGUACAUCUGGCGUCGGGCACGAUCAGCGCGAGAACAUGUGUACGGACCGCACGUGAUAGAAACAAGACGAAGAAGUUGAACGGUGGCAAUGAAGGUAUCCAAACCUGGAUCAGUGAGGUUGCCUGGCGAGACUUUUAUAAGCACGUUUUGGUCCAUUGGCCCUAUGUUUGCAGCAGCAUGAACAAGCCCUUCAAGCCCGAAUACUCAAACAUCUCGUGGUCAUACGACAACGAACAUUUUGCCGCUUGGUGUGAAGGAAGAACAGGCUUUCCCAUCGUCGAUGCGGCGAUGCGACAGCUGAACCAUCUGGGAUACAUGCACAACCGCUGUCGCAUGAUUGUCGCAUGUUUUCUGGCAAAGGAUCUCUUGCUAGACUGGCGCAAGGGCGAAAGGUAUUUCAUGGAACAUCUUGUCGAUGGUGACUUUGCGUCAAAUAAUGGUGGAUGGGGUUUCAGCGCCAGUGUUGGUGUUGACCCUCAACCUUACUUCCGCAUCUUCAACCCCUUGCUGCAGAGCGAGAAGUUCGACCCUGAUGGCGAUUACAUCCGCAAAUGGGUUCCCGAGCUAAAGGAUCUUGAUAUCAAGGCUAUUCAUGAUCCAUACAAUCGAGGCGCUGGGCCCAAAGCCAAAAAGAACGGCUAUCCAGCACCGAUUGUCACGCAUAAGGAAUGUCGGGAUCGAGCGUUGGCAGCAUACAAGGAGGGCCUUGCGAGUGGCGAGUGA